AUGGAAUUUAACAAGGACCUUCCGAAGAAACGACAAUUACCAAAACUGAUGGCAUGCAUGACUAAAACAAGCCUGGAAAAUUUGAGAAAUAAAGCAUUAUUUAACUUAGAUACAUUAGAUGCAAAGAGUAUUCGGAGGCGAAAAUUACCGCUGCACGAGUGUCUAAUUUUAGAGCUGCGCGAAUCAGGAUACACUGAGUCUUCGGAUUAUUUAGAAGAUCUUAUUUAUGAUAACGUCCAAUUACUUACUGACGAUGAUAUUGGAAUCGUUGUGGAUCUAAGACAAAGAAAAGAUUACUUGGAACACAUUUGCGAAAAACUGCAGAAAGCUGAAAAAUAUCGAGAUAAAGAUGACACGAAAAAGGAAUGUUUAGAACUUCUGAACUUAGCGUUACACUAUGCCGAAGAAGGUAAAGGUAUCUUAUGGCUGGCUGAAAAAUUUUUUUUGGCGUCUAUAGCAGUCGGCAGCCAGUAUCUUGUAGAUGGAGGUCGCCAAAAGGGCUGUUGUAAAUAUCACUACGCGAAAUUUCUUCUCGACAAAUUUCCAGGUGCAGAUACCGACGAACCGUUCGAAAUGCUCACUGAAGUCAGAGAUAGUGCCAUUGGGAAGAUUUGGCCUCUUCAUGAACCAGAUAGCGACAAUGAGGAUGUACCAAGUGAAACGUUAUUCUCUGCUACUGCUAUGCAAUUACACAGGGUACUUUUGACUAAGGCUAGAUCGAUUCGUAAAAGUGAUCCUGCUAAAGCUGAGAGACUGGCAAGGCUUGCCGAAAGAAGAGCCAAUGACGCUGAUGAAACAACUAAAACGGCAGAAGCUAUUGUAGAAAUCGGAAUUUGUCAAUUGUCUAUGAACAACUUAAAUAAUGCUCAGAAGUCAUUUGAACGAGCGUUCAAAAUUUAUACGGAUAGUCAAAAUAUAGAAGGAAUCUGUGAAACAAAAAUGCAUUUGGCUGCUGUGUUGCAGAGAUUGGGUGACCAUGAGGCAGCAGCAAAGUUUUUAACGGAAAUGGGUGAAUUGGCAAUGGACAAAGGAUUGAGAAAGCAACUGGGUCGCGCGCUGCAUUUACUAGGAGAGCUACAUUUGAGAAGAGAAUGCCCUGAGCUAGGAACGCAGCAUCUCUCUGAAGCUUUCGGCUGUUUCAUGGGAUUUCGAUUUCAACAACCAAAUCCUUCGAAUAUCAUUGUCGAAAAUGAAUCGUCUCGUUUUGCUCUAGUAUACGAUUCGCAGAACACUGAGUUGUUUGAGGAAGAAGCAGAACAAUCUAGACUUAUGAUGGCUGUGUCGGCAGGUCAAGAACGAAUGUCCUCCUACUUCAAUUUACUAAAAGAGGCAGGCACAUGUGCAGUGGCAAAAAUGAAAAUUAUAGAAUGGAAGUUAUCCCACGCUGGAUGGUGGGUGAAAAAACAACAACAUGACUUUUUACCGUGUUCUUGUCCUGCACACAAUCGAACUCCUUUAGAUGUUCUCAAAAUUCAAUUGGAAUUGAGAGAAUUAGCGGAAAACACAUUAAUGGAGCCAUCCGAAGGCGAUGCCUUGUUUGGUAGAACAGAUACAACUGACGAUAUAAGAAAACUUCGAAGCAGCUUCUAUUAUUCCUAAUCGAUUUAUUUACUAUAUGUGUGUUUUAUUUA